AUGAAAUCGCUCAGGUUGCCGGCUCCUGUCCUCCUCUGCUUCCUUCUACUGACCAAGGGGUUGGAAGCAGCGCCCCCGGGGCACCCUGAGGCUCAGCCACCUCUCCCCAGCUCUGAGCAUAAAGAGCCGGUAGCUGGGGACGCAGUGCUCGGGCCGAAGGAUGUUAGCGCCCCAGAGGUCCGAGCCGCUAGGAAUUCAGAGCCGCAGGACGAGGGAGAGCUUUUCCAGGGCGUGGAUCCCCGGGCGCUGGCCGCGGUGCUGCUGCAGGCACUCGACCGCCCGGCCUCGCCCCCAGCGCCUGGCGGCUCCCAGCAGCGGCCAGAGGAAGCAGCAGCAGAAGCUCUGCUGACCGAGACCGUGCGCAGCCAGACCCACAGUCUCCCAGGGCCAGAGACCCAGGCGCCCGCGGCCCCGCCUCGCCCUCAGACUCAGGAGAAUGGUCCCGAGGCGGCCGACCCCUCCGAGGAGCUCGAGGCGCUAGCUUCCCUGCUUCAGGAACUGCGAGAUUUCAGUCCGAGCAGUGCCAAGCGCCAGCAAGAGACGGCGGCAGCAGAGACGGAAACCCGCACGCACACGCUGACCCGAGUCAACCUGGAGCGCCCCGGGCCGGAGCGCGUGUGGCGGGCUUCCUGGGGAGAGUUCCAGGCGCGCGUCCCGGAGCGCGCGGCCCUGCCGCCGCCUGCUCCCCCGCAAUUCCAGGCGCGUAUGCCCGAGAGCGGGCCCCUUCCCGAAGCCCACCAGUUCGAGGAAGGAGUGUCCUCCCCCAAAACACACCUAGGUGAGGCACUGGCACCCUUGUCCAAGGCGUACCAAGGCCUGGGCGCUCCCUUUACCAAGGCGCGCCGGCCGGAGACCUCACUCCUGGGCGGCUCUGAGGCGGGAGAGCGCCUUCUACAGCAAGGGCUGGCGCAGGUGGAAGCCGGGCGGCGGCAGGCGGAGGCCACACCCUCCGACCUGCUGCUCCAGUAUUUGCUGCAGGGCGGGGCUCGGCAGCGCGGCCUGGGGGGUCGGGGGCUGCAGCAGGAGGAGGAGCGAGAGACCGAGAGGGGGCAGGAGGCGGCGGAGCAGGAGAGACGCGGCGGGGAGGAGAGGGCGGGGGAAGAGGAUGAAGAGGCGGCGGAGGCGGAGGCGGAGGCGGAGGAGGCGGAGAGGGCGCGACAGAACGCGCUACUGUUCGCCGAGGAGGAGGACGGGGAAGCCGGAGCCGAAGACAAGCGCUCCCAGGAGGAGACGCCCGGCCACCGACGAAAGGAGGCCGAGGGGGCAGAGGAGGGCGGGGAGGAGGACGACGACGACGAAGAGAUGGACCCGCAGACAAUCGAUAGCCUCAUUGAGCUGUCCACCAAACUCCACCUGCCAGCGGACGACGUGGUCAGCAUCAUCGAGGAGGUGGAAGAGAAGCGGAAGCGGAAGAAGAACGCCCCUCCCGAGCCUGUGCCGCCCCCCCGGGCCGCCCCCGUCCCCACUCACGCCCGCUCCCCGCAGCCCCAGCCCCUCUCCCCCGCCCCGGCUCGGGACGAGCUGCCCGACUGGAACGAGGUGCUCCCGCCCUGGGAUCGGGAGGAGGACGAGGUGUUUCCCCCGGGGCCCUACCACCCUUUGCCCAACUACAUCCGGCCGCGAACACUGCAGCCACCCGCUGCCUCGCGCCGCCGCCACUACCACCACGCCCUACCGCCUUCGAGCCACUAUCCCGACAGGGAGGCCCAGGCGCGGCGCGCUCAGGAGCAGGCGGAGGCAGAGGAGCGCCGGCUGCAGGAGCAGGAGGAGCUGGAGAAUUACAUCGAGCACGUGCUGCUCAGGCGCCCGUGA